AACAUCUUCGGUUCGGCGCCAGAGAGACGAACAGCAGCCCAGUCUGCCGGAACCAGAACCAGCUGGGAACCCGAACCGCCCCGGAACCUGCAGGUUCUCCACAGCAUCAUGUCUGUCACUUCUGAGGUUCUGCAUGAUGAUCUUCUCAUGGCCAAAGAAAGACGGAUAAAAGAGGAGGAACCAGAACCACAGACUGAGACAAACUGGGAACCAGAACUUCAACCAAUCAAAGCAGAACAAAUUCAGCUGUGGGUCUUUCAGGAUGAUGGGCAGCUUUUAAUGAAACAGGAGAGCAGCGCCUCAAUGGUGAGUGCUGGCGCUGACCCAGAACUGGAGCAGUGGACGGACACCAAGCAGGAACCAGAACCUGUAGAGAUUAAAAAGGAACCAGCGGAUCCAGAACCGGUGAGGAUCAAAGAGGAACAUGAGGAUUUCUGCAGUGAUCAGGUUAAAGAUCAUGUUGUGGUGAAGCAGGAGCCUGAAACCUUGGUGGUGAGUCCUGCUAAUGAGCAAAAACCCAUCAGUGAUCCGGAACCAGCCAGGAACCAGCUGUUCUCUGGAAGCCAUCCUGCAGAUGUGAACCAACAUCAGCCAGGAAGCAACCAGGAAGUCUCAGGGUCCAGUAAAGGCCUGCAGCUGGAGAACAGACCUCAGCACCGCAGAAGUUACAGGGACAAUGUGGACAUUUUAGAACUAGAAAGGCAAAAAUCUGCUGCGUCCCGUUGCAGCGUUUGUGGUAAAUGUUACACUAAACCGUACUAUUUGACUGCUCACAUGAAAACACACACGAGGGAAAAGGUGCACUGCAAAAUUUGUGGUAAAGCUUUCAGAAAGCACAGAAACUUGACUGUUCACAUGAAAAUUCACUCCGGUGAAAUGCCUCAUGUUUGUGAAUCAUGUGGUAAAUCUUUCAGAAAGAGCUGCGAGUUAGCCCAUCACUUUGCCACUCACACAGACGAGAAACCGUUUAGUUGUGAAUCUUGUGGUAAAUCUUUCAGAGAUCGUUCUUAUCUAUCCUACCAUAUCAAAAUGCGGGCAGACGCAAAGCCGCUGGCUUGUAAAGUGUGCGGUGAAUCCUUUUACUCUUCCUGUCUUUUAAGUAGUCACAAGAGAACUCACACAGCUGACAGGUCUUUCUCAUGUCUGACCUGUGGAAAGGAUUUCACCAUGCAGUCUAAGCUAACUGCACACAUGAGAAUUCACUCCGGGGAGAAGCCGUACUCGUGUAGCGUUUGUGGUAAGACUUUCAGAGUUGCCAGUCAGUUGACUGUUCAUGUAAGAACUCACUCGGGUGAGAAACCAUAUUCAUGUAACGUUUGUGGGAAAACGUUCAGAGUGGCCGGUCAGUUGACUGUUCAUACAAGAACUCACACAGGUGAGAAGCCGUACACAUGUAACGUUUGUGGUAAGACCUACAGGCAGGCCGGUCAGUUCAGAGUUCAUGUAAGAACGCACGCAGAUGAAAGGCCUUAUUCUUGUGAGCUGUGUGAGAAAUCUUUCAGAGAGAGAUAUCAUUUAGCUAAUCAUCUCAACACUCACGCAGAAGAGAAGCCUUAUCCCUGUGAGCUGUGUAAUAAAUCCUUUCGAUGUGGUGGUCGUUUAUCUAAACACCUUAAAACUCACACAGCUGAGAAACCUUUUUUGUGUUUGACUUGUGGGAAAGAUUUCACCCAGCAGUCUGACCUAGAUGCGCACAUGGAAACUCACAAAGCAGAAAGGCCAUAUCCUUGUGAGCAAUGUGACAAAUCUUUCAGAGAGAGUAGUCAUUUAGCCAAUCACCUUCGGACUCACACAGCUAAGAAACGCUUUCCUUGUGGAUCAUGUGAAAAAUCUUUCAGGUGGAGUUCUGAGUUAACCAAUCACCUCAGAAUUCACACAGGUGAGAAACUCUAGUUGUGCAUCUUGUGAGAAGUCGUUCACACAGCGCAGAGAACCGACCGGCCACACGAGAACUCGAAGAGGAAGAGGGUAGGCUAAUUACUAUUUCAAUUGUUACAUUGUUACCAUUUAUGACCAUAAACUGCGGCACGUCACUGAAUCACCGCACUGAAGGGUCAAAUAGUUUUUACCUGCCAAAUAAUGUAAAUGAAUGUUUUUAGAUGUAAUUUUGGCCUGGAAAAGAUAAAACGCAUGAAUCUGUAUAUGAAGAGUAAUGUUUUCCCCAGUAGCAACGUUAUUCUUUGUCAGUUAUAAUAACUUGGAAUCUAAUGAACAUCACAUGCUUCAGAAAAACAAGUCGCCAUGAUGACGACGGUGCUGCUGCUAGCAGGCGCAGGCUAAGCCCGGUGAGGCUAGCUUUAGCCCGGUGAGGCUAGCUUUAGCUCGGUGAGGUUAGCUUUAGCUCGGUGAGGCUAGCUUUAGCUCGGUGAGGCUAGCUUUAGCUCGGUGAGGCUAGCUUUAGCUCGGUGAGGCUAGCUUUAGCCCGGUGAGGCUAGCUUUAGCCUGGUGAGGCUAGCUUUAGCUUGGUGAGGCUAGCUUUAGCUCGGUGAGGCUAGCUUUAGCCCGGUGAGGCUAGCUUUAGCCUGGUGAGGCUAGCUUUAGCUUGGUGAGGCUAGCUUUAGCUCGGUGAGGCUAGCUUUAGCCCGGUGACCAGUCAGCUCUUGGUUUUACACAAUGCAGCCGCCAUUAUUGUGGUUUUCUGUUUUUAACUCCUCUUCAGUGUCAUGUAUUGAUUCAGGUUUAUGAUAAAUGUUUCAAUAUAUAUUUUAAGUUCUAGUAAGACAAGAUCGAAAAUGCGUUUACUGUAUUAUGCGUUUUCCAGCCAUAUAGUAUCAUUUUAUAGCAUUAUCAAGUAACUAUGUUUUGUUUGGUUGUUAUAAAAAUACUGUAUAUAUAAAAUGACUUAACAAUUUAAUGCGUUGACAUUUGGGGCUCUGUCACUUUAAGAAGCUCCUGCUCUUUCUGCUGCCAGCACGUCAUCACAUCAACAUUCCUCUUUAAUCCUUUACUAAAACGACAGGCCUGUAAAUGUGUACCGUACUUACAAUAUGAUGGAUCAUGACAAAAAUAAAGGAAUCUGUGGUUCUGUUGUUCAGAAAGCAGCUAUUUAUUUCAGUCGAUGGAUAAAUGACGAGAGUUUAACUGUUCAAAACGUUUCACUGCUGUCAAUAACUUAUUCAUCCAGCAUAUAACUUUAAAUGCACAUCAGUUGAUGUUCUGCAUUUGGUGGCAGUGUAGGUUGCGGGUUUGAAUCCCCACCUGGGGUUUUCUGAAUAGAGUCGGUUCAAGUCUUCUUGGGGACUCCAGCUGCUGCAGUCCGAGUUGUGGCUCCCCAGGGUGUGUCCUGGUUCUCUGACCCAGUGAUCAGAGGACCAGGUCACCGGUUCCCAAGUGGAUAAAAGCACAGAGCGUUUAGUGGAGGCCCCGCCCCCUUCGCCUCCACCCAUCUCACUCCCUGCUUUCACUGUGUUGCUAAACGGUCGCUGAGAGCGGAGAAGAAGCAAAAUAUCAAUAUUGCUGUCUUGAAUAAAACAUGGCAACAAACUUCGCACAGAGCUGUGUUGAAAUAGUUUGACUUCCUGUGUGGAGAACAGGAAGCAGAUUUCUCUCUGUGAACAAAAUGUCGCCAUUUUCAUCACGUCUGAAUGACUGAGAGGCGAUUCGACACGUUGGCUGCAGCAUGUGGAAGCUUGGAGGAUGUUACUGACAUGACCAGAUGAAAUUAGUCAGGCUGAGAUUUUGUCAGGUAGAUCAUUUUCACCCAGCUGUAGAUGGAUGAUGUUAGAUGCUGAAUGAGGGGAAGAACUGAACAUUGUGAAUAUUUACCAUCAUAAUGUCUCAGUCACAGAAACCCUCUGUGAUCUGGUGAGAAGUUCAGGGACUUUCCGUCAAAUCAGAUAAAUCCUCCCAGGCUUCAGAAUCUGCCAACACAAAGCUGAGCAUCAACCAAAACCCAUUUAUUACCCAGACAUUCACUCAUUAUCCAAACUAGAUCUAGUUGAUUUAUGGAGGUAGUGGAUGUAUUCAGCUAAACAUUAAAAAAUGACUGAUUAAAAUUGUCCUUAUGUUGUUUACAAACAUUAAACAAUCACUUUCAAAGUGAGCUCUGGAGCCAGUUAAUGUGUUUUGGUGCUUUAUAAGCUAACAGACGUAUUUUCAAGUGUUUGUUCUGAGAUACAGAGGAAGGACUUCAUUUAGUCUCCAAGAUGAAAAUCUGUGAGUUGAGAAGAGUGGAUCAUUUCUUGUUUUUUUUUUCUUUAUUAGUGUUUUCUAUGUGCUGAAAGUUUUGCCAUCACGUGAAUAUUAUGACUGGAAGCAGCCAGAAUAGAGCAGAAAUAACUUUCAUUUUCCUCAGGGAAAAGAUUCAGAUGCAGCAGCAGGAAAUGAAGAUUCAUAGAAAAAACAAAGUCAGACCAACUUACUGCUGGACUGUUCAAACAAAUGAAUAUGAUUUACUGGAAGUAUUACUUUCAUAACCUGGAUGUUUUUACGUCCACUUUAGUAAAUAUAUGCUGAGGUAUUUGGCUGCUCUACCUCCUGCUUCUGUUGCCAAACAGAUAUUCAUAUUUGUAGCCUUUUUUUCCCUAAAAGCCAAAUAAAAAUUCCAAAAA